AUGACUCGCUCCAAAGCCGUUGUUGAUACCAGUUCCUCAGAAUCAGAGGCUGGAGGAUUCAUCAAGGACGAUCCAGACUUGCGAAAGGCUCCAAAGAAAUCCAGAGCAAACGGUACUAAAAAGGCGGCAGCAUCAAAGAGAACGAGGUCUUCGAAAAGAGAGUCGAAGGCUAAUGUCAGCUACAUAGAGUCUUCAGACGAAGACGUUAUUCCAGAAGACGACGCCACCGAACCACCUUUAAAGCGGAGCAAGACGAAGGCAAAAACCCGGGCCAAAGCUCCGAAAAUCGAGAGCGAAGACGAGUAUAAAGAAGACGACGAUGACGACGAGGAUGAUGCAGAUUUUGUUGAUGCUUUGGAAGGGUUUGAAAGAGAUCCCGAGGACGACGAUGUGGUUAUCAUCAGAGCCUCUAGGUCCAGGGAAGGAAGCUCGUUCGUCAACCCUGUUUCCCUCACUGAUGAAAGUGAUCUCGAAGAUGUGUUGAAGGCACCUGAUGACGAGGAUGAUGUUCCUCUGGCACAAAGAAGCGAUACUCAACCGGCCAAGAAACCACGCAAGAAACGUGCUCCUGCAAAACCCAAAAAACCCAAGGUGCCAUAUUUCACCAGGGCCACUGCAAAGUUGUACGAACACCACCCAGACUUGAAGGAUGUGUUUCCUCAUUUGGAGCUAACUGAACAGAUAAAGCCUGAGCGUGCGCCACAACCGGAAGGGUUAGCAGUGAGAUUGCUGCCUUUUCAGCAGGAGGGUUUGAACUGGCUUGUCAAACAGGAGAACAGUGUAUAUGGAGGAGGAAUUCUUGCAGAUGAGAUGGGAAUGGGUAAGACGAUUCAGACUAUUGCUCUUUUCAUGGAUGAUCCUACAAAGAAGCCAAACCUGGUGGUUGCCCCUACGGUAGCCUUGAUGCAGUGGAAGAGUGAAAUUGAAACCCACACCAACAAUAAGCUUAAAGUCGGAGUUUUUCACGGAGCAAACCGAGCCAAGAGCUCCGAGGACUUGUCAGAAUUUGACGUGGUUUUGACCACCUACUCGGUUCUGGAGUCCUCGUUUCGUAGAGAAAGAUACGGGUUUACGAGGAAGAAUAAGAAAGUCAAGGAGAAAAGUGCCUUGCAUGGCGUGCACUUUUAUCGUGUCAUUUUGGACGAAGCUCAUAAUGUCAAGGAUAGACAAAGUGGUACGGCAAAGGCUGCAAACGAAUUGAAUACCGAAAAGAGAUGGUGUCUUUCUGGUACUCCCUUGCAGAACCGUAUUGGUGAAAUGUACUCGUUGAUCAGGUUCAUGAAGCUGUAUCCAUUUUGCCAGUACUUCUGUACCAAAUGUCCUUGCCGUUCUAACGAAUGGAAGUUCUCGGAUGGCCGCAGAUGUGACUAUUGUGAUCAUGCGCCAAUGCUCCACACCAACUUCUUCAACCAUUUCAUGCUGAAGAACAUCCAAAAACAUGGUAUAGAAGGUGAAGGUGCUACCUCGUUCAAACACAUCCGUAUGUUACUUAAGCAUAUUAUGCUGAGGAGAACGAAGGUGGAAAGAGCAGAUGAUCUGGGAUUGCCUCCACGUAUCGUGGAGAUCAGACGUGAUGUGUUCAACGAGCAGGAGAAGGAUUUGUAUUCCAGUUUGUAUGGUGACAGUCGACGUCGGUUCAAUGAUUAUGUUGCUGAGGGUGUUGUUUUGAACAAUUACGCUAACAUUUUCACGCUGAUCACCAGAAUGAGGCAAUUGGCCGACCAUCCGGACCUGGUACUCAGAAGAUUGGGAAGUAACUCUGUGGAGGCGUCUACCGAACUACUCACAUCCGGAACAAUUGUUUGCCAGCUCUGCGACGAUGAGGCAGAAGAGGCUCUUGAGUCCAAGUGCCAUCAUCGUUUUUGUCGUAUGUGCAUUCGCGAGUACACCGAAAGCUUUAACGGUCGCGAAGACCAGCUCAAAUGUCCAGUAUGUCACAUUGCUCUCAGCAUAGACUUGGAGGGUCCUGCUAUUGAGAUGUCAGAACAGGCUGCAAGCAAGGGCAGUAUCGUCAACAGAAUAAAGAUGGACGGUGACUGGAGGUCCUCCACGAAGAUUGAGGCACUGGUAGAAGAACUUUACAAGUUGAGAAGCGACAGGCAGACCAUAAAGUCGAUUGUAUUUUCUCAGUUUACCAGCAUGUUGGACUUGGUGGAAUGGAGACUCAAGCGUGCUGGUUUUGAAACCGUCAAACUUCAGGGCUCAAUGUCUCCCAUACAGAGAGAAAGCACCAUCAACCAUUUCAUGCAGACACCUUCUGUUGAGGUAUUCUUGGUAUCUCUCAAGGCUGGAGGCGUAGCAUUGAAUCUGUGUGAGGCUUCUCAGGUAUUCAUAUUGGACCCAUGGUGGAAUCCCUCUGUGGAAUGGCAAUCUGGAGAUCGUGUUCAUAGAAUUGGACAGCAUAGACCUGUCAAAAUUACUAGAUUCUGCAUUGAGGAUAGUAUCGAAUCCCGAAUCAUUGAGCUGCAGGAAAAAAAGGCGAACAUGAUCAAUGCUACGAUAAACCACGAUGAUGCUGCUGUGAACAAAUUGACUCCGGGCGAUUUGCAGUUUUUGUUCACAAGUUGA